AAUACUUUCUAAGCUGAUUAUAAGCGUACCCAUCUUGACUCACAUUUAUUGCUGGCCCAUCUUACCAUCUUGACUCAAUAAGUUAUUGACCCACAUCAAUGUACUAUAUAAAAAUAAGCUGGUUAUUAUAAUAUUAUUUUUUAUGGUUUGGUUUGCAACGUGAUUCAAAAUAACAGGCUCUUAUAAACAUUUUCCUGGUCCUGAAACGAAAAAAAUCAUAAAAUUGUGGUCAAUUUAACAAUCCACAACAGCUGUGUGUCUCACAUAUAUGUUUUGGUCAAUAGAACAAUCCACAACAGCUAUGUGUCUCACAUAUAUGAUGAAUUACGAAGUGUUAUUCUGAAAUAUGAAUUACGAUGACUUGGUAAUUGGUAAUGAUACAUUAAUUAUGAAAUAUUGAUAAGAUAUUUACUAUAUAAUUAUGAAUUAUUUAUUAUUAACUCACUGUAAUAAAAAGAGGAUGUAUACUAUGCGUCCAAGUAUUAUUUGAAUUUUCUUCCCAUCUUUAGAUUUAAGAAAGUUAUAUAGGGAAACAUAUAUGUGAGACUCAAAAUUUACGUAAUGAUUAGGCAAUAUGUAUAUACACUAUAAACAGACUUUGUGCGCAAGGUUGGAUACUUUAAAUUUUAAUUGCCAUUUUUAUAUUUUUGGAAAGUUAUAAUAACAUGACGUAAUGAUAUACAAUUAUGCGUUAAGCCGAGAGAUUCAAAAUUGGCAAUUUAUUAUACGGUCUUACCUAUUUUUAAGUCAAUCGUAUAUAUAUUAAGCCAAGACAUAAAUACGAGACGCCUAAAUUAGUGUUUCAAUUCAAUAUGUGAUUGACAAGUAAAAUCGUGCAAAAUAUUCUGUAAUGAAUGCCUCCAACCCCUAUAUAAUAGAACGUUAUGUCGACCAUUUAGUCACACACUCAACACUAUAACUGCUCAUUUAUUUACUAUGGCUGCGAUGAACUUUGUCUCUGAGUUGAAGCCUUUCAAGAACAUGUGGAAGAUCCAAGUCAAAAUCAUCCGUCUUUGGAAACAGUAUUCGGCUGCGGGGGGUGAGACUAUCGAAAUGGUCUUUGUCGAUGCUAGAGGAGACAAGAUUGCUGGAACCGUGAAAAGAGAACUGGUUGGGCAAUUCAAUCGUGUGCUGCAGGAAGGUGAUACGAAAGUAAUCAUCAAUUUCACGGUUACCAAUUCUGGUGGUUCCUAUCGACCAAGCAAGCAUCCAUUCAAGAUUGUGUUCCUUCCAACGACACGUGUGAGGAUCUGUGAGGAUUUACCCAACAAUUUAACUGGAUUGAAUCCUGUUAAAUUUGGGGAUGUUCUCAAUGGUGUCCUCGAUGAUGAUUACUUGGUUGAUGUAAUCGGACAGAUUGUUGAAGUUACCCAGAUGGAAAUUGUUUCUGUGAAAGGGAAAGACACACAGAAGAUAUCUGUCGAACUACGCAAUGAGGAUGAUGAACGCCUCCCUCUGGUGUUGUGGGGGAAGUUCGCGGAGGAUGUUAGCAAUGCGAUUCAAUUGCGUAGUGAGCAGUCCAUUGUUUGUGUUUUGCGAUUUGGGAAGAUUAAAGUGUGGAAAGAGGAUCGUAGCAUCUCCAACGCCUACAAUGUCUCUAAUGUAUCGCUGAAUCCACAGAUGGAUGAGGUCCAAGCCUUCAUGAGUCUGUUACCAAGUGAUGAUUUGGCAAUGGCCAUUGUUGACCCCAAGUCAAAUGCAGUGGUUCCUACUGUUAAGGAAAGGGAUGAGUUUUUUCGUCACACCCCUAGGAAAACUAUUUCCAUGGUCCUGGAAUCCAAACAGGUGGAGAAGUGUAUUGUAAUGGCUUCAAUUGGGGCCAUUGAUUCUGACAUGGGUUGGUACUACCUAAGUUGUAAGGUGUGUGCAAAGAAGGUGUUGACAGUGCCUAAUGAUAUUGAAGACGGAGACGAGUUCAAUGUUAGUGGUCAUAAUUACUAUUGUAUCAAGUGCAAAGACAAAAAUCCACAACUGUUGCCAAGGUACAAGUUGCAUCUGGUUGUACUGGACAAUACAAAUGACACCAAGUUCUUGCUGUUUGAUAAUCUUGCCAUGCAACUGCUACACAAACCAUGUCUUGAGCUGACUGGUCCGGUUACUGAUGAGAUACAGGAUCCUGACAUGUUGCCACCGAUUCUUCAAGAUUUGGUUGGGAAGACUCUUCUUUUCAAGAUUGGAAUUGAAAGGGAGAACUAUUUAUAUAAGCAUCCCACUUACAAAGUUCUCAAGAUCAUGUCAGUCAUUGGGAUGAUUAACGAGUUCGACGUUAUUGGAUCACCAACGGAGAGUCAGAACACUUUUGGAGGGACAUAUUCCGCUUUGUCUGAUGCACCUGAGGGGUCCCUGAUGUUGCAUGGCGGAUCGUCUCAGUCGGAUAAAACCAGUGAUCUGACACCGGCUAAGCGGAUGCGAUCACCAAUCAUUAACUUGGAGGAUGCUUUUGAUCAGAAUUCUGUUACAAGGUCUGUGGGCACCAGAAAAAUCAAGCAAGAGAAGAAUGAAAAAAGUGGCUGAAAAGUUGGUGGAUCGAGUUGAUGAGUAGAGGCUUCGCUCUGAAUUUUAUUAUUAUUGCUUUCAAGUUUGGCAUUAUUUCUUGAAUUUCUUACUUAUUAGUUUCUGGAUUUCUCUUUGAUUCAUGUUUUUGCAUUUUGAAUUUUCCUUUGGUAAUAUGAAGCCUAUACAUUUUUAUACC